AUGACUGAAAGGUUAAUAGCGGCUCGGCCAAACUUAGACCAAAUCAAAGCAAUAGUAGAGUACAUGGAACAACAUCCAGUAUUAGGUUCAGGACAAUUAAGAGGCAUGGAAGGACGACAUGAAAGUAAAAAACUAUGGAUGAAACUCACACGGAUAGUAAAUAGCAUCAAUGAAGGCCCUACUAGGCCUAUGAAAUCUUGGGUGAAGUUCUGGGCAGAUAAAAAAUCAUCAGUGCGCUCAAAGGUUAUAUCAUCUGGUGGAGAUCCGAGUGUCCUAAGUUCAGGCAUUGACAGAAAAAUAUGGGAUCUCUUUUUAGACAAUGAUACUCCAACUAAACCAAAACAUUCAGUUAAAGUUGAAUCUCAUUACCUGGAGGAUAACACAUUUUAUAAUGAAGAUGAUAUAGAAGACAAUAAUAUAGAUGAACCAGUACUUAGCAGUGAGGACCCAGCUCCUGAAACACUUAGCCUUGAAGAGCGUAAUAUGAUACUUAUGGAAAAACUGGUGAAAGUGAUGACUGAUCAAGCCAAUGCCAUGUCACAGCUGGCGCAUGCGUCGCAAGUUAGCUCACAAGCUAUGGAGAGAUUGGCCGAAGCAUCUGAAUUACAGGCCCGUGCAAUCGAGAGGCUUGCGAAUACCUUCGAGUCCAUUGGUUCAACGGCUCAUCACAUCAGCACCUCAAUAGUUGACAUAGACUCGACCAUGAAGAGAUUCUACAACACAGCGCCCACCUAA